AUGUCUCAACCGCCCACGAUAGAGACGUCGGGGGUCAAGAACGACCGCUUUGAGGCUGAGCUCAGCCGCCUCGAUGCUCCCGAGCCGCCCAAGGAGGACAAUGUGCACUUCUGUCUGCUUGCAGAGUUCGACAUUGAUGCAGGUGCUACGUUGUCACACCAGUACCCUUACCCGACCGGGACGGAUGAGCAUGUGUUGGCUGAGCUAAUGCUUCCCGAUGGUGCGCAUAUGCGAGGAGAAGACUGGACCGUGUUCUACCUCGGCCAGUCACCGCAGAGCUCAGUCGCUCCGAUGCUGACACACGAGUCGGACACGGUCGACAAGGCGCGGCUGGCGAACAAGCGGGCGAGCAUGUUCCCGUCAAACGAGCGACCGCGGAGAGGAGCACCUGGUGGAGGGCUGCUGUAUGUCCUGAACUGUGUGCGCAUGAAGGAAGACAAGACGGUGCGUCGUGGUGCGAUGGUGAAGGCGCUCGCAAUCGCAACACCACACCCGUACAUUGGCAUUUUCAAGCCGCUCCUCCUGCUCGCCCUGGAAGAGUACUUCAAGAACCCUAGCUUUGACAUUCUGGCGCGGCUAUACGACUCGGCGAAUAACAUCUCCCUGGUCGGCAUGCCCAAGCUCACUCGCUCCGAGCUGAUCCUCCUCCGCCAAACGGACCGUAAGGACCUGCUCGAGACGCGGUUCCUCGAGGCGAAGGAGGCGGCGAGCGCGCUCUCGGCGAUUGACGACGCCUCGACGCACGAAGGCUCGACCGGCGAUCAUGAGCGUAAAGGAAGCGUGAGCAGCUCUGUCCGACCGCCGAUCGGCCGCAAGGGUUCGUCGGCCUCGAGCUCGUACCCUGGCGGCGGCAGUGAUCUCCUGCCGGCAGACAAGCGCCGUGGGCUGCCGCGGGACACGCACUUCUUCGAAACCGAGGCGCGUUUCAGGCAGAUCACGGUGCCAAUCCGCGUCCCGAUGACUGUGUUCGACGAGGAUGUUGGCGACUACACGAUCAUCGAGCUCGUGCAGACGUUCGGGCAGAACGUGACGACGUUCCCCGGCCCCUACUUCCCAUGGCUGCACACGAACGGCGCGCACACGCACCCGAUCAUGCUCAUCUUCAACGCGAUCCUGUGCCACAAGCGUGUGAUGUUCCUCGGCCAUGGCCUGCCUGCGAACCACGUCGCGCGCAUGGUCCUUGCCGCUUGCGCCAUGGUGACGGGCAGCGGACAGAUUUUGCGAGGCGUCACUGAGACGGCGUUCCCCUACACGAAUCUGGCCAGUCUCGAGGUUUUGGAGCAGUUUGACGGCUUUGUGGCGGGCACAUGCAACCCGCGGUUCGAGGAGCUGCCGCAGACGUGGGACGUGCUGUGCAACCUCGAGACGGGCAAGGUGACUGUGUCGAAGGAGCUGCGCGGCCUGGGCGGUGACGACAGUAUUCCGUCCACGCUCUCGCGCGGCGAGACGCAAGACGUCAUGAACAGCAAGCAGUUGCAGAGCUUGACAAAGGACUGCAUCGACAACCAGUUCAUGGAGGAGAUCAUGUCUGCGACGACGCAGCAUUACGGCGAGGGACACAUCCGCACGCGCUUCACGGACUACAUCUCGCGCUUCGUCCGUCUCGCGGCGUACCAGGAAUACGUGAUUUUCGGAAGCACUAACGUGGGCUGGAUCUACCAGCCGUUCCGGGAAGGUCAGCUCGGGAGCGGCAUCGUCUUUAUCGACGACGCACUGCGGCAGCGCGAGCUGAAGGAGAACCACUACCGGAUCGACGCGUGGCGGCGGACCAAGUCGUACCGCCUCGCGCAAAAGGACUGGGUGCGGGAGGAGCAGACGGCGGCGAUCCGGGGCUUCGACGCGCUGCACAACGUGAAGCGGCUGCGUAUGACGCGCACGAUGACGUCGCAAGAAGCGGGGCUCAUCUUCUCGACAUUCGUGCGAGGUAUCAGGACGUACGACCAGGUCGUCGAGCUCCUGACCUACCUGCCGAUGCACUUUGGCGGGCUGAUCCCGAUCGCGAACGGGCUCUUCCACCCGAUCAGCAAGAUCCGCGCCGACGCCCUCGAGCUCCUCUGCAUCAUCCAGCAGUACCCUGUCGGCAUCCAGGCGCUGCAGGGGCUGAACUACUUCCACCGCAAGACGUUCAUCGAGCUCCUCGAGCGGCGCGAGGCGCAGCGCGCACUCAACCGCCGUCUCACAGAGGAGAGGAAGGUCCAGGAGGAGGCGAGGGAUAAUGCGGCCGCGUCCCCGCCUGCGCCCGCGCCCACCGCCAACAGGCUCGAGAUCCGUACCGAGGACAACGGCACCGUGCGCAGGGGCGAGCUGCAGGCCGCGCUUAACAAGGCGGCGGCGGCGGCGCAGGCGGCGUGA